AUGGACCUCGGCUCGAACUUUGUUGCGAAAUUGGAACCAUAUCUUUUGAUGGGCAAAAGCAUGAAAGGCGCGGCCGCGGCGAAGUUGAUCCAAGACGCCACUUCUGCCCCCGGUGUAUUUGUCUUUGGUGAAUUGUUCGAACUUCCAGGGAUUCGGGAUCUUGAGAAGAAUGAACAACACAGCAAAUCGUACAAGCUUCUCCAAUUGUUCGCGUACAAGACUUAUUGGGAUUACCUUGAAAACAGAGACCAGCUACCUGCUCUCAAUGAAGCUCAGACCAUCAAGCUGAAGCAUCUCUCGAUUGUGUCGAUGGCUACUGAGAGACGGAUACUUCCUUACCCACAACUCAUGUCUUCACUUGCGAUGUCUACAAUUAGGGACCUUGAAGACCUCAUCAUCGAUGCUAUAUAUCUUGACAUUCUACGCGGCAAGCUCGACCAGAAGGAGUCUCAACUUGAAGUGGAAUACACGAUGGGAAGAGACUUGGAGCCGGGGAAAGUUGAAGCAAUGUUGAAUGCCCUCAGAGACUGGGCUUCGACAACAUCCGCAGUCCUUGCUACCCUCGACUCCCAAAUCAGUACAAUAUCUGCUCAAACCGACUUCGAUCAGAAGCAAAAGGAGGACUACGAAGUCCACGUCCAGCAGAUUAUCAAAGAAGUCAACGAUAAGAAGGAAUCCAAUUCAUCUUACCCGUUGUCUUCAGGGACGAGGAGACUGCAAGGUCAGAACACAACGGGAAGCGGGGAUCGGAUGGAUGUCGAUGAGCCCGAAGUACAGGGCUUAGUCUCUGGUGGUUCGAAAGGAAAAAACCGCAAGGCUCCACAAGCAGAGGCGAAGCCCUCAAGGAAGCGCAACAGAUUCUAA